AUGCGUCAAGAACAAGCUGGAUUUUGGAAAGGAAUGUCUUGCAGAGAUCACAUCUUCACCUUGAGACAGAUCCCGGAACAGAACAAGCAGUGGAACUCAACAGUAUAUGUCAACUUCAUCGACUUUGAAAAAGCCUUUGACAAAUGUGGAACAAUCAGGAAGAAGAGGGAUCCAGUGGACUUUUGCAAGCAUGCUCGAAGACCUGGAUUUCGCAGACGACAUAUAGACAUACAGGCCAAGACACGAGACCUAGCAACCACUGCAGAGACGAUUGGACUCAAGAUCAACAUUCCUAAGACUAAACUCAUGAGAAUGAACACGAAGUCCAACGAAUCCAACAUCCUUCAUGGUGAAAAGUUGCAGUAG